AUGACCAACAUUUUUCAUAAUCUUCUUGCGUUGGUGGCUUCCAUGUUGGCAGUGCUGGAACUUGUGGUGGCAGCUGCGCGACUGGUGCUGGUGGUGGCGGUGGUGUCAAAGGCGGCCCAAGAGAGACAACUUUCCCGGAAAACGAAAGAAAAAUCACUGCUUUCCCAGAAACUGGUCGAGCCAGAAGAGGAAAGCCAAACUCAAGCCAUUCCGCCAAAGUCAAAGAACAUAGUGGACGACAGAGAAGCUGCGCUUAUGGAGUUUGAUCUUGGCCUCGAUGCUUUUUCUGACCGUCCUCAAUUCAGUUCCUGUAUUCCUGAUCCGGGAAGGGAAAUACCAAGAGAGAAUGAGGACAGAAGAAUGCCAACAUCCCCCUUUUUGGGACUGGAACCUGUUGAAAAUCCUAAUGCUUAUUGCUUAAUUAAAGAGAAGAUCACUCAAGCUCUGAGACAGCUCAAGGAAUUGACUGACCAACAUGUUCUAGCUCAGUUUUGGGCACCAGUGAAGAAUGGGGGUCGGUAUGUGCUCACAACUUCUGGGCAACCCUUUGUUCUUGAUCCUCAUACUAAUGGACUUCAUCAGUAUAGGAUGGCUUCUCUGAUGUAUAUGUUUUCUGUGGAUGGAGAGAGUGAUGGAAUGCUUGGGCUCCCUGGCCGUGUUUUCCAGCAAAAAUUGCCAGAAUGGACCCCAAAUGUUCAGUACUACUCCAUCAAAGAGUAUCCACGGCUUGGACAUGCUCAGCAUUACAAUGUUCAGGGAACCUUAGCUUUGCCCGUGUUUGAACCCUCUGGACGGUCCUGUAUUGGUGUUCUUGAGCUCAUAAUGACUUCUCCGAAGAUCAGCUAUGCUUCUGAGGUUGAUAAAGUUUGCAAAGCACUUGAGGCAGUAAGUCUGAAAAGUUCAGAGAUAUUGGAUCAUACAAGCAUGCAGAUUCAAAUAUGCAAUGAAGGUCGCCAAACUGCAUUGACGGAAAUCUUGGAGAUACUGACAGUGGUGUGUGAAACUCACAAAUUACCGCUUGCUCAGACCUGGGUUCCUUGUAUGCAUCGCAAUGUUUUGGCUUAUGGUGGUGGCCUGAAGAAGAGCUGUACUAGCUUUGAUGGUAGUUGCAUGGAACAGGUCUGCAUGUCCACAACGGAUGCGGCAUUCUACAUUGUCGAUGCUCCUAUGUGGCAUUUUCGAGAGGCCUGUGUUGAGCAUCACUUACAAAAGGGUCAAGGGGUUGCUGGGAGGGCAUUUUUGUCCCGUAGCGCAUGCUUCUGCAGAGACAUUACCCAGUUCUGCAAAACUGACUACCCUUUAGUACACUACGCACGCAUGUUUAAGUUAACCAGCUGUUUUGCAAUCUGCUUACAGAGCACUCAUACUGGAAAUGAUGAUUACAUUCUAGAAUUUUUUCUUCCCCCGAGCAUCACAGACAGUUAUGAACAACAAACUUUGUUGGGCUCCUUAUUGGCAAUAAUAAAGAAUCAUUUCCAGAGUCUCAAGGUUGCUUCUGGAAUUAUACUUGAAGAGGAAGGGCUUGUCGAAAUGGUUCAAGCUUCUACAAACAAGGGACUUGACUCAAGACUUGAAUGUAUACGUAUACCCCGUUAAGCGGAAACACAACCAGGGCCUGCCUUACCUAAUGGAGAAGAGA